CUGAUUGUGUGUUUUGUUUCUUAUUCGCGUGCUCGUUGCUCCGGUUGUAGAGCAGAUUUCCGCGUUUAACUCGUCUUAAAUUGUAGUAAUUUGUAGUGAAACAUUAAUUAAAGCAGUGUUUGCUUCGAAAAGUGAAUUAUGUUACGAAAAGUGCCGUUAAUUGUGAUUCUAGGCUCCACCGGCACUGGGAAAACCAAACUAUCACUGGAGUUGGCAGAACGCUUUGGCGGCGAAAUAAUCAGCGCUGACUCAAUGCAGGUUUAUGCUAAUCUGGACAUCGCUACCGCCAAAGCCACGAAAGAAGAGCAGUCUCGAGCUAAGCAUCAUCUUUUAGAUGUAUCAACACCUAACGAACCCUUUACUGUGGUACAUUUUCGUAAUGCAGCUCUACCGAUUAUCGAAAAUCUUUUAGCUCAAUCAAAAUGCCCGAUCGUGGUGGGCGGCACCAACUACUACAUUGAAUCAUUGCUGUGGGACAUAUUAGUUAGCCCGAAAGACGCCGACGAGCUGGACAGCAUAGACAAGAAGUUUGCGCUCUCAAGCGCAGAAACAACUGAAAAGGAAGAUGCAGCAACGCCUAAAAAUUCGAAAAAUCCUUUAUUUCUGCCCGUCGCUGAAAUGACUGCAAUGUCAUCUGAGUUGUUGCAUAACCAUUUAAGGAAAAUUGAUACGGACUCAGCAAAUCGCAUACAUCCAAACAAUAAAAGAAAAAUUAUGCGAUUUGCUGACGCUUUAGUGCCGAUUAAGAACACCACUCGAAUAAGAGCCGAUGCUCUCAGUGGCAGCGAAGUAAAUGCCACUAUAAAAACAUUAUCGAAAAACAAAGAAGUAGGAAUUGAUGACACACCUGCUGAAUUCUUCACAGCGUACCCCGAUUUUGCUCCAGAACUGCUUCAACUGCUCUCAUCAGUAAAGCCUGGGAUAACGAAAGUUUUCCAACCGAAUGGACUGACGGUAUGA